GUCCUAUAUAACACGCCGUGUACAUCCCGAAUCUCAUAGACUCCACCAUGUCUCCGUACAACGCCGUCUUCUUCCUCCUCCUGAGCUGUUCAGCCAUCUCCGCCGAUUUCCUCCCCAACUUUCCAGGCCUUGCACCCUACCAACCGAAUUAUCCAGUUCCUCCAGCCAUUUAUCCAGUUCCUCCACACAAUCAUCCAGGUCCUCCACCCCACCGUCCCCCUUCUAAAGUGAAGCCUGGAGUCUGCCAACCCUCUUCUCGCCCUUGCCGGUUUAUAAACCCGAAAGGACAGUGUAACGAUGAUGGGGGCUGUGACGGAAAUAAGAAGUGCUGCACCACCUACUGUGUGUACCAGUGUUUGCCACCUAUGCCUGAAAGACCUGUGAGGCCUCAACCACCUUUCGGAGGGAAGAGUUGUCCGAGGGUCCCCAAUAGACGAUGCGAAACCCCAGGGCUUAGAUCUGAAUGCAGGACUGACCGUGACUGCUCCAGGAAUAAAAAAUGCUGCGAAACCCCCUGCAAUAAAGUCUGCAUGAAUGUCUAAGGAUUGGCUGCAGACCAAUACGGGAAGAUUGGGUUCGUCCAGAUAAUACCCAGCUAAUUGUAUAACAUGAAAUUUGGGUGUCUCAUCAUUAAAAUACAUGACAAAUA